AAGGAUAAUAAGGAUGCAGUUGAAGGAAAUAAUGCCAAGCAUACACAAAAUGAUGGUGAAUAAUCGUGAGGGAUGGAGGAGCUGAAACAGAGAAGGAAGAUUGGGUGGCAGUGGAACUUGGAGGAAGCAGAUGUAAAAGCCAUGAGAGUUGGACGUAAUGGUGUUGGUGAUAGUAGCAAGGGAAGGAAGAAAACUGUAGCGAAGGUGUUUGAAAAAAUCACAAAGAGAAGCAGUGGGGAAGAAGAACAGAGGAACCACUUUGGUCUCUCUGUUUGUGUGUCAUUUAUAAUCAGAUUUUUUUUUAAAAUGCUAUCUAUAAUACACGUAAAGAUUACAACCAAUUUAUAGAUCAUAAUUUGAAUAAUUUGAAUAAUUUAGAGAGGUUUUUGGAUGGAGAUUGUUCGGGAGAUAAUAUUGACAUGGAUUAUCUUUUGCUUCCACCCACUGGCAAAGAUCGGAGGAUCAUUGAUUGGGAAUGUAUUGCUUCUGUGCUCUUUUCAUGUGAAAAGCUUUCUGAAUAUCACUGGAAUUGUCCUUUGCCCAAUGGCUAUGCUCAUAGUGUACAGACUAAAGAUGGUUGUGUAUGCAUUUGCAUGCUUCUGAAUUCUUUGGUGUAUACCCCUCACAAUGGUCAUGUGUACUGCAUAUUUGGAAAUUUGGGAUUGAAUGGAAACUCACUUCUGGAGCUCAGGGAUGGCAGAAGCAUAACAUACAAGAAGUACUAUGAAGAGCGGCAUGGCCUCAAGCUCUGUUUUGAUCAAGAAUCAUUGCUGAACCGGAGAAGUAUUCUUCAGAGAUGCAGAAAACAGGAAGAGAAAGGUUUGAAAUUCUCAGGGCAUGUCUAAAAUCAU